CUUCACGGACACAGACAUGGACGAUACACUGUUCCAGUUAAAGUUCACAGCGAAGCAGCUGGAGAGACUGGCGAAGAAAGCCGAGAAGGACUCGAAAGCAGAGCAGGCUAAGGUUAAAAAGGCUCUCCAGCAGAAGAACGUGGACUGUGCACGUGUGUACGCUGAGAAUGCCAUCCGUAAGAAGAAUGAGGGUGUGAAUUGGCUGCGUAUGGCGUCACGUGUCGAUGCCGUGGCCUCUAAGGUCCAAACUGCCGUCACCAUGAAGGGGGUGACUAAGAGCAUGACCCAGGUGACCAAGGCUCUGGAUAAAGCUCUGAACUCCAUGGACCUGCAGAAGGUCUCGGCCGUCAUGGACAAGUUUGAGAGUCAGGUCCAGAAUCUGGAUGUACACACUUCAGUGAUGGAGGACUCGAUGAGCUCAGCCACCACCCUGACGACGCCACAGCAGCAGGUGGAUGAUCUGAUUGUGCAGAUUGCGGAGGAGAGUGGGCUGGAGGUGAUGGAUCAGCUGAACGAGCUUCCUGCAGGAGCCUCCGCCCUCGGGGAGAGUUCAGCCAGGACACAGGACAAAGAGGAACAGCUGUCCCGCAGACUGGCGGCUCUGAGGAACUGAUCAUCACCGGCCCGUUCCUGAAGAGCUGGAGAGUAAAACUGCUGAAGAUGGAGUGAAGAUGGAGUGAAGAUGGAGUGAAGAUGGAGUGGUGAUGGAGUGGUGAUGGAGUGAAGAUGGAGUGAAGAUGGAGUGGUGAUGAAGAGCGCUCAUUGAUGGACUCCAGUUCUUAUUCUGGACUUGACCGGCCAUUGAUUACAUUUUUUUUAUUCUCACUACAAGAUCUACUCUUCUCUCACACACACACACACACACACACACACGCACACACACAGACACACACGCACACACACAUAUGCUGGAUUGUAUUAGCAUUGUGGCUAAAGCUCUUAGUGUUGUUCAGCCUUACUGCGCCACAUACUCUUUCUCCUCUUCAUUUAUUUUCCUCUUCCUCAGUGCCUGAAUCAGACGUUAGCACCGCGGCAUUGUGGGUAUGGAGACCUGUCAUCAGCACAGCUGUGUCUCUCUCUCUCUCUCUCUCUCUCUCUCGUGUCUGUAGGUGUUUUUAUUUGUUUGUUCUGAAGGUUAUUUAUACGCUGCCGCUUUUCUCUUUUGGUUUUGUACAGUUGUACAGUUACUAUGUGGGAAUAAAAUGUCUCUCGUAACA